ACUCUCGACUCUGGCUGAGCAUGCGCUGUGUAUUCGCAACACGUGACGUACGCGGAAAUGAAGCCACGUCUCCAGUGAGAAGGGAGAAGGAGGAACCUAGAUCCAGGAAGCUUUUCACUGACUGCACUGUAGUGGAGAUACUUCAGAAAACACAACACAAUGGCCGAAUUUCAAGAAAUAUCAAAGCUGUCCGCUUUGCACCCGAAGCCCGUAGGGCUUGUUUUGCAGUAUGGUACUUCUGGCUUCAGGACCAACGCCAAACAGCUGGACCACAUCAUGUUCAGGAUGGGUCUGUUGGCCACAGUGCGCUCCAAAAAGACCAAAGCAACCAUCGGUGUCAUGGUCACUGCAUCGCACAACCCAGAGGAAGACAACGGUGUGAAGCUCGUUGACCCGAUGGGCGAGAUGGUGACACAGGACUGGGAGGAGCAUGCCACCCAGCUGGCCAAUGCAGAUCAGGAAGACUUGCUCACUGCUCUGAAGAACAUUAUAGAAAAGGAGGCCAUUAACAUGAGCCAGGAGGCUAAUGUGUUUGUGGGAAAAGAUACUAGGAGCAGCAGUGCCAGCCUUUCACAAGCAGUACUGGAUGGAGUUUCUGCUCUUGGUGGUCACAGCAAAGACUAUGGUUUGGUGACCACCCCUCAGCUUCACUACAUGGUCUGCUGUCAAAACACGCAGGGUAAAUAUGGAGAGGCCACAGUGGAAGGAUACUACACUAAAUUCUGCCAAGCUUUCAUUCAGCUCACCAAGAAUACGUCCAACCGUACGGAUGACCAGAAGCACCUCUGCCUGGAUGGCGCUAAUGGCAUCGGGGCUCUGAAGGUACGUGAGAUGGAGAGUCACCUGAAGAAAGAGCUACAAAUUUCUCUUAAUAAUGAUGGCAGCAAAGGAAGGCUGAACCACCAGUGCGGAGCCGACUAUGUGAAGGUGCAGCAAAAACCCCCAACAGGCAUUCAGAUUAACCCAGGAGAGCGAUGCUGUUCCUUUGAUGGCGACGCCGAUCGAAUAGUUUAUUACUACACGGACUCUGAAGGAACAUUUCACCUGCUGGAUGGAGACAAGAUGGCUACCCUCAUCAGCACUUUUCUCAAAGAGCUGCUCACACAGGCUGGACUAGACUUGAAGAUAGCAGUAGUGCAAACUGCUUAUGCUAAUGGAAGUUCAACACACUAUCUGGAGAACACAAUGAAGGUCUUAGUGAGGUGUACGAAGACUGGAGUGAAGCAUCUUCACCAUGUAGCCCAGGAGUUUGAUGUCGGUGUGUACUUUGAGGCCAAUGGCCACGGAACAGUGUUGUUCAGCAAGGCAGCUGAAGAGAAAAUCCAGCAGCUGGCUGAGGACACAAACGUCAACGACGAGAGGAAGAAAGCAGCUCUCCUGCUGCGAAACACGAUCAACGUCAUCAACCAGACUGUAGGAGAUGCCAUUUCUGACAUGCUGCUGAUUGAAGCCAUACUGGCCAUCAAAGGAAUGACUAUCCAGCAGUGGGACACCAUCUAUACCGACCUGCCAAAUAGGCAACUUAAAGUCAAGGUGGCGGACCGCAGGGUGAUAGACACAACAGAUGCAGAGAGGCGGGCGGUGACCCCAGCAGGCCUGCAGGAGGCCAUCGACAAUUUAGUGAAGAAGUACAAACAGGCUCGCUCCUUCGUGAGGCCCUCUGGCACCGAGGAUGUGGUGAGAGUAUAUGCAGAGGCAGACACGCAGGAGAGUGCUGACGCCCUGGCACAUGAAGUCAGCCUUGCAGUGUAUCGCCUUGCUGGAGGAGUUGGGGAUGAACCCAAACCAUUGCAUUAGAACCACAAUCACACAAACACACCAUAUUGAUCGAUCAGAAUUACAGAAUUGCUGAUCAUUAUUUUAUUUUUUAUUUUUUUAGAGUCAGGUGAUACCAAAUGAUUUUAUAUUGUCCUUAUUUUCUUUGUAUUUCUGUCACUCUGAUGAUGGGGUACACAUCAGGGGAAUUAAUAAAGGUUGGGGGAAUUGUGUGUGUGUGUGUGUGUGUGUGUGUGUAUAUAAAAUUUAAACAGUCAAACAGCUGGUUUUAAUGUGGGUGGUCAUUUCACUUGGUCCCAGAUAUUUGUGAACAGUUAUUUUAAAUAAUUCCCUUAAUUUUCAUUAAAUCAUGUAAGUUUACAUAAUGACUGUUGAAUCGGCUUUGCUGCUAUUAUUUGAAUUAAAUAAUGAAAAAAAGGA